AGGUUGUUUCUUAUGAAUGGGGUCUCACUCAAGUAGGAGUGCCCCCCUCCCUUCAACAUUGCUGUUAUUCCUAUGGGUCAUCGUCGACCGAGUAAUGGCUGCUUCUAGUCCUAGGCUGUCAUAUCCAGUACCACAACGAAGGCUUGGUGAUCAACCGUCUGCGUCCAGUGUAACCACGGAGACUAAGCCGAGAUGGGAGAAGACUGUGGUAGCUGAAAGAAACCAUAAACAGCAGACCCUGGUUGAGGCCGCUCCUGAAAGCCCACCUGUUACCGUCAACGGCUCGAUAAGGGAAUCUACUGCUACCAAUCAGCCUAGCCAUAUGGUAUCGGGUGGUCCUUCUGGUCCAAGAGUAACGCCCUCUUCCCUUGGAGAUGGGUCAACGUCCAAAAUCGCCCAACCGUCAGCUGGUUUCAAGCAUAUAGUAUGUCCGACGGCCGAGGCAUGUUCUAUUUCACUGUCCGUGCCGGCUGGUAUAGACUCCACCCUUAUUGCCCAUCCCACAGAUGACACCAGACGCCGCGUCAUGUCGGGGUUUGGGCAAGAGGUUGAUUUCGGUCUUUCCGGCAUUGAAGCGCGCCGCCGUGCUCCUCCCCAAGUUGAUAAUCUCAUGGCCGAAUACGCUUAUAGUCGCAUCGUAGUGAAGGUGUUCACUUAUGCGCCCUACGCCCUCGGAGUGGGUUCUUAUGAUCUCAUCUUAUUCGGCAACAACAGUAUUUUUGAGGAGUAUGUAGGACAGUUGGUAGUGAUGGAUCUCAACUACUGCGUUACCGAAGGGGACCAUGAUACCCUAUUUGACCAUCUUGUCGCCUACAGUAACGAUGUGGCUGCAAAUGAUCAUGGUGGCUUCAUCUAUCCCACGACACAGCCCCCUGAAUCUCCUCGCGGACCAUCCGAACGGAUGUCAUCACCAAUGCCUAACGACGGAACCACCGAGGGUGAUGCUGGUUCGAAUGCCGAGUCGCCUGAUUCUAGGAUCGGACCAGGAGAUAUAGCAGGAAUAGUCUGCGGAGUCCUGCUGGCCGCCAUAUCGGGUUGCCUCAUUACCUGGUUAAUCUUUAAGCUAUGUCGUGGUAAACAGAGGGAAGAGGAGAGAGACCUAGUCGGAGCUGCUGAUGGUGGUGGAGGAGGGGCUCAUGCGUUCUAUGACAACUGUGUCGAUUUGGAGUCCGUAGACCCUCUAGAGUCCCUAGACUUACCUGCUCCGACACCCCCCUCUGUGGUACUAUACCCUAGCCCAGAACCAUCUACUGUAUGUUCAUCUCCUCUUGCCCGGUCGGAGUACAUCAGUGACGACCCCAAUAUAGACGUGGAGUUACGAAGGGCCGCUGGCCAGGUUCUAGCCGAUGUGCGUUGUCCGUCCUUCGAGGAACGUUGAGUGUGUUGCCGGGUUGAGCCGCGCAUUUCUUAUAGUUCUCGCUCUGCUGACGACACUCUGGCCCUACUGUUCGAGAUCUGUUCGUGGUGGAAGGUCAGCAUCGGAAGUCGUUGAAUUGAUAGUUAUUUUUGCGGACUGAACUCUUACUUCCUAUUUGCUUAUGGAUCUCUGAUAUCGUCAACUGAACACAGUUUUUGUAUUGUCCUUCUUGUAUGUAGUAUAUUUAGUAGUGUUCCCCAUGUUGCCUCUCGAGCCAACGGACACUCUCAAUGUUGCUUAGUCUCCUAUAGACCUCUGUGGGUGAUCUAUCGUUCAGUCUUGGUAGGCUUGGUGAGGCUCUGGGUUAGAGUUACGGCACUUGAAUAUCCAUUCUCCAAUUCUUACUAAUAUCUCUUCGUGUUCGUG